UUUGCUAGAUCAACGUGACAUCUGUUUGUAUUUAAGCUGUUAAGAAAUUUAAGUUUAAUUUUUGCUUUUAAAAGUUUUUUUUUAUAUAAAACAAACAAUGAAUUUAAGUGAAUUAAAUAUAUGCGGAGGAUGUCUCUCCGUUGACCGCGACUUGGUAAACUUCAGCGAAGAUAUGUUCAUGUUGUUCUGUUAUUUAUUGGGAACGGAUUACAGCGAAGUUAAGCUGUGCUGGGAAUGUGCGGCUUAUAUGAAGAGGUUCCUGAGAUUUAAACAACAGCUAAAACGAGCGCAUCACGUGCUGUCUCAAUUAAUUUCGAACGACAUAAAACCUCUUUCGAGCUUAAAAAUAACGAAAUGUGAUAACGUAAGGGAAUAUUCACACAAUUAUGAAAUAGCGUUCGUCAGAAUGGAAGAUCAUAAUUCUGAAGGUGUCAACGAAUAUGACAUCGAUUUACAGCUGCCCAAACCGGAACCAAUUGAAUCUUUGAUAACGGCUGACGAAGAGUUCGACGAUUCAGACGAUGAACCGUUGAUGAUGAAACAAAAGGCGAGCAAGAAAAAGAAAGGUCAAGUCAAGAGGAAAAAAGAGAAAGUAGUGAUUGUGAACAACGCCAGGGUCGAUAAGAAAUUGAAACAGUUGAACAUCGGAGACGAGCAUAUAGAGAUGGUUGUACUUACAUGGGAUGAGGUACGUCGCCAACGCGCCCGAGCCCUGUCCAGCGAGUCGUUCACGAGACACGAGUACAAGUGUCACGACUGUGUGCUCGGGUUCAACCACCGGUGUAAGCUGGAGCAGCACAUGGUGAAACAUUACGAGGCGUCCGGGUCGUGUGUGUGCAGUCUGUGCAGGGUGAGGUGCAAAGACGAGCGAGCCCUCGCCGCGCACGAGAGGCGACACAGAGUACGAUGGCGCUGUCGCUGGUGCGGCGGCACCUGGUCCCGCGCCGCCGUGUGCGCGGACCACGCGGCCAGGGAACACUGCGCGCCCACACCCACCCACACGUGCGGGAGAUGCGGACACACGGAGACAUCGCUCGGCAGGUUGCGCAACCAUAUCAAGAACCACUCAGAGAGACAGAAGUGUGAUCUGUGCGGCAAGACCUUCAGGGACCGGACCUCGCUCAAGACGCAUCUCUUCAUCCAUAAAGGCGAGAAGGAAUACUCCUGUCCGCGCUGCGACAAGAAGUUCCUGUUCAAGAAGGCCAUGGAGAUCCACCUGGUCACGCACGAGGCGCCCGCGCACCUCUACUGCUACCAGUGCGACAUGAACUUCAAGAACAGGAUGUCGUACAACCAGCACCUGAAGUACAGCCUGAAGCACGUGGACCCGGCCGACAUCAAACACGCGUGCAAGCUCUGCGACAAGAGGUUCGUGAAGGCCGCCCGCCUCCAGGAGCACAACCUGGCCGUGCACUUGAAGAUGACGCCCGUCAAGUGCACGGUGGCCGGAUGUGGCUUCGCGUGCUCGUCUAAGCCGGUUCUCCGUAGUCACAUCCGUUCCUGUCACCGUCUCGCUGGACGUGUCAGGAAUCACGUGUGUCACGUCUGUGGGAACGCUUAUACGAGCAACAAGUCCCUGGAGGGUCACCUGCGCAGUCACGCCGGCUCCCGUCCGCUGCACUGCGCUCGGUGCCCGGCGACGUUCGCUUACGACGCGGCGCUCUACAACCACACCAAGCUCGUGCACAGAGACACACAGCCCACCCAAGCCGCUGACACAGCACGCCCAGCCUCCCAGCAGCCGGAGACGCAGCGAUAAGGAUAACUAAGGAAACGUUCAUGUCCCUAAGACUGACAAAAUCACUCUCAUACAAAUCCCGCGACUACCCUCGCUUUGUUUAUAACCAGGAUGCCUCGCAGCGAUCUGAGUGAGGGGAUGUAGUAACGACGUGUAGCAACAUUGUACUUGUUUCUUAAACUUGUGAUAACGCCGCAACAGCGCGCGGCACUCGAAACACACGCGUAAGCAGACCUCUAACAGCGUGUCCGAAAUCUUUAAUAAAAAUGCCUUUUAGUCA